ACUUGAUUAUAUAGUCACUGUCACAAAAUUUUAUCAUAAUUUCUUAUCAAUACGAUACCUACGUCAUUCCUAUUUCUUUCACGACUUAAAGUUGUGUGUUUCACUGAGCAAGGCCGUCGUUUAGUUACCCGCUGUUGGUAAGAGUGCUCGGUCGCUUUGCAUUUAUAGAAAAAAACGUUCGAUCUUAUUUCAUUUUUUUUCUCUAGUGUCCUAAGCCCGGCAAUCUUGGAGUAGGAAGGCCGCGAGUUUUUCAUAUAUUACUGUGUAAUCUAUUCGGCCACGAUGUUGAAAAGUGCUUCGAAGGUGACAAUUAACACAGGGAAUGUGUUGAACUUAAUUGAUAUCAAGAAAAAAGCUGGACAGAAUGUAACUGAGGAGCUAUCAGAAAGCAUAAAGCUGACCCUCUCAGAAUGGGGCUCGCAGAAUGGCGUGAAACUACAAAAUGGCACCGAAGACCCGGACACCUCACACGACUCCGACUACGCUGUCCAGUCCUCCGUAGUCACAGGCACCAGCUCCGAAGUCGUAGUCAACAUAACCAGCGUCGCGAAGUGUGUCUUGCUUGACAUUCAACUCCAGAUUUCACCAUUCGUAACCGGUACGAUCCGACCAUUCAACCGCAAAGACUCAGACACCUCACAAGACUCUGACUACGCUGUCCAGUUCGCCGUAGUCACAAGCUCCAGCUCCGAAGUCGUAGUCUACAUUACAAGGUUAUUCACGGCGUUACACACAACUGUCAUAGACAACGUGAUACUAGCAUAUAACCCCGACGUACCCCCUAAGGAACCAGCGGACCCUAUGACAGUAUACUCCAAUAAGGCAUCGCCUAUUUCGCUUAGCAAUAAUGUUGGCGCUAAAAUCCCAUCAGAAACAGAUGCGGACAGCGAGGCGGACGCGCGCAAGUGCGAAGCCAUACUGCCGGGAAUCAAAGUUCUAUGGGCCGUUUUAGAAGACUAUGUCAAAAACGGCCGAGUGAACCAACUAGGCGUAGCCGACGUCGGCGGCGGCUGCCUAUACAAGCUGCACGCGUGGGCUAAGAUGAAGCCCACCAUAGCGCAAAUAAACCUGGCCUCGUGCUGCGUGGUGCCGCCGAGCCUGCACGCCUUCUGCCGCGCCAAUGACGUGCAGCUGCUCACACACGCUGAUCCGCCAGUAUUGGACACUAAUGCACCAGUAAUGGACACUAAUACACCAUAUCUAUACAAACUGCACGCGUGGGCUAAGAUGAAGCCCACCAUAGCGCAAAUAAACCUGGCCUCGUGCUGCGUGGAGCCGCCGAGCCUGCACGCCUUCUGCCGCGCCAAUGACGUGCAGCUGCUCACACACGCUGAUCCGCCAGAUCUACUCUCCCUGGCUGCCGUAAAGACCCUAUCAGAGGCAGGUGUCGGUUGCGACAACCUAGAUUGGUGCGCUCGCUACCAAGUCCACAUUAAGUGUCGAGGAGUGCUGGCCUUAAAGGGAUAUGUGUGUAAGGCCACACUAGAUAAAAAGGUUAAAUAGGCUUAAAAUGUUUAAUUUAUAUUUACUGAAGUGAUAAAAAAUAGACGAAGGAAUACUAAAACGUAACUAGAAUCAGGCCAGAAUAAGUUGGGAACGAUUUAGCACCGUCUCUGCAAGGGCUAAAUAUGUGUCAUAAUCAGAGAUCGUACGGAUUUGCGAUAUUUUUAGUGAGUAGUGACUUAUUACGUCGGUUUGAUGACAUUUAGUAAGACAUGACGCACAUUAAUGCGAUAUUGUCAUAACGGCUAAAGUUUGACGUUUAAAAUAAGAUUUCUACCGGCGAGGAUGCCAAAAUCGUUGCCAACUUAUUUUGGCCUGGUGGCCGAUUUUUAAAUCUCGGCCAUUCGAUUUCGUGAAAUGUGUUCAAUAAUAUCUCCACUAAACUGACCCUUAAUAAAGUUACAGUUGAUUUGACAGCUGAUGUAAAAAAUUGCCCCAGUAAUGGACAAGCGCCUAUGAUGGACAAUUCUGGUGAAGUUUCAUGUGGGUAUUCUUAUUUAAGUAUCCAAUGCCCAUUAUUUCCCGUAAGCUUAGAGUCCAAUACUGAUACCUUAUAACUAGGGUUGUCAAUUGCUAACUUUUGACGAUGUGACCUUUAUGGUGCCAUUAGAUUCAGCUGCCGAAUUUUGAUUAUCAAUAUUUUGUUGCGUAUAAGUAUUUCUUUAGUGUAUGUUAAAAAAACGCAAUGCACUAAUGUUCUAAGAAAACGUUUAUUAAUUAUUGACGCAUUGGGAAUCUUUUGCACCUACUGUGUCUAAAAGCCAUUCAGUGAAACAAACACGGAAAAUUAUACCUACAAUUAAUUUUUCCUUGAUCUGUUACAAUAUUUUUAUCGCAAUUGUAAAAAAUUGUAAGGUUAUGCCCCAGUGCUGGACACUGUUCCAAUAAUUACCGAUUUAAAUUUUUACUAGACUAAAAAUGCAAAAUUUUUAAAUAAAAAAAAAUGAUUGCGUGGUUCAGGUAUCGGAGUUGAAAUAUUUUUAAACCGUACCGUAAGAAGCACAAAUAAGAUUUUCUUUCAAAUCUCCAAAAAGUACUAAAUUAAAA